AUGAGUGAUUAAACUAGAGAUCAGUUUUUUUAUGAAAAUUAAAGUAAAGAAUUAAGAGAGAAGUAUUAAAAAGCAAAGGAUGGAUCAUGUAUAAAUGAAUCUAAUCAAAUAUAGCAACAUCUGAACAUAAUCCUAAAAGAGACAAAGCAUAAAAAUUAUUAUUACUUAUAAUGGUUUUAUACUCAAUUAUAUUGGUAACAUUUGUAUUACUUUUAUAUUGGGUGAGAGAUUUUAGAUAUUUUUGUUUUAAUGUGCUUAAUGAUUUUAGUGAAUAGGGUAAAAUUAUAAUAAAAAUAUAGAUAGGACAAUAUAUAGGAGCUUUUUAUAUAGGAAUGAUUGGUUUAUGGUUUGUUUUGACUGGCUUUAAUGUUGUUCUUUAUGAUAUUUUAGCAGGAUUUUUAAUUCAUCCAUUUUGGUUUGCUUUAUUCACAGUUUCUUUAGCCAAAUUCUUAGCAAAGUAUAUAAUAAUUCAAUAAUAAAUAUAGAUAUAUAGGCUUUUUGAUAGGAAGGUAUGGUGUUAGAAACUUUAUUUAUACGGCUAUGAAUGAAAACAUUUAUUUUAUCACUUGCUAUUUAGCUACAGAACGUAAACCUACCAAAGUCAUGUAUCUUCUAUAAUUUUUGGCAAUUCCUACAAUCUUUAAAACUUAUGCAUGUGGGUUAUUUAGAAUUACUCAUUGGGAAUUUAUUCAUCCAACAUUUUUUGGUACAGUUAUAUGGGCUGGAUUCUGGGUUUAUAUGGGAUCUAAUUUAGAUUCACUUGCUGAUGUAUUAUAAUCAGGAGAUACUAGUAAUUAUGUUCCUAUUUGGUUAAAGUUUACAAUGAUUAUUAUAGUUGCUUUGAUAAUCUAUUAUUUCAUUAGAUUAACUAAUUCAAUCUAUACAGAAAUAUAAAAUGAUGCAAGUUUAGCUGAUUUGAGUCAUAUUUUAGAAAAGGAAGAUGAGGAAUAAGAAAAACUUUUAAUUUGUAAUUAAGCAAAUGAAGAAACUUAAAUUUAAAAUGAAAGUGAACCAUAUAGUAACAAUUGA